UAUUAUAGGAAGCAUUGGAAUCAAUGCGCUCUACUACUAUACAGUGACAACCACAUUGGGAAUAGUUCUAAGCCUGACACUUGUGGAAACUAUACGACCUGGCGAAUGGCAAAACGAUAAGAAUGUAACAUUUACAGAAUCUACGAGGAACUUUCUCACGACAGAUACUCUACUGGAUCUACUUAGAAAUUUAUUCCCGGACAAUUUAAUAAAAGCAUGCCUGGCACAAUAUCGCACUGUUUUGAAGGAACCUGAGAAUGAUACCACAGUGCCUAUUUCUGAGUGGGUUGUUGAGAGCGAGUACACAGAUGGAACCAACGUACUGGGAUUAGUAUCUUUCAGCUUGAUACUGGGACUUGCUUUAGGAAAAAUGGGGUCAAAAGGAAAGCCAGUAUUAGAUUUUUUUCAAACACUUUCCGAGGCCUCAAUGAUUAUUAUGAACUGGGUUGUAAUGAUAGCUCCAAUCGCAGUAGUUUUCCUGAUCCCGGGAAAAAUUCUGAGCAUAGAAGACUUCAAAGUAAUGAUUGCUCGAUUGGGUAUUUACGUUAUGACGGUCUUUAUUGGUCUAAUUUUCCAUGGCUUUGUUACUUUGCCACUGAUUUAUUUCGCGUGUACAAGAAAAUCCCCGUACAAGAUUAUUUUAAAAAUUGGACCAGCGAUUGUUACUGCGUGUGGAACUUCAUCGAGUACUGCCACUGUGCCAACUACAAUUCAAUGCCUUGACAGGAUAGGGAUUGAUCAAAAAGUCUCCAGAUUUGUUGCCCCAAUUGGCGCUACGAUAAAUAUGGAUGGUAUUGCACUUUACGAAGCACUUGGAGCAAUCUUUAUUAUACAACUGAGAGGAUUAAAUUUUUCACUAGCCAGAAUAAUAGCAAUCAGUGUAACGUGCACAAUAUCAUGCAUUGGUGCAGCUGGUUUACCGAACGGUGGCUACGUAAUGCUAGUGGUGGUAUUAAAUUCGGUCGGAGUACCAGCUGAGGAUGUGAUGCUGAUCAUUGCUAUCGAUUGUCUAGUAGAUCGUUUCCGGACAGCUAUCAAUAUUAUUGGAGAUGCACUGUGUGCAGGAAUUAUCUCACACCAUACAAAGGACACUGUGGAUCAUGUCGAUUUGCAGGAUGCAGCAUCUACACUCUUAGGAGUUAAGGAUGUAGAAAAAAAUACCAAGGAUUAAAAAUCAUUACAAAUAG